CUGGACUGCCCCACCCGUCGCCCUGAGGUUUUCUGGCGAGCUCUUACCCUCGAGGAAUGUGGUCUUCAGCCCGCAAACUGCCACCUAGGCGCGUGCUGCGAAAGGAAGUGCUUCUCUGAUGACCAAUCAGCGGCGAGAAGCCGUUUUAACGUCCUUUCCCCCUUUUUUCUCCUUCCCCCACUGGUUGCGCCGUCUCCCCCCCCACCCGCGCGGCGUUCGCGCGGAACGGCCCUUCCUGGACACCGUCGCUCGCGCGCAGGCUGUAGAGUCCGGCGGCAAUUUUUCUCCGCGACAUGGCCGGCUCGGAGACUGAGUGGGUAACCAUUGCCAAUAACCUUCUUUGUAAAUGUCACAUACAUCUGAGGCUACAUGAACUUGAAGAUUGUGAUGCUAAUGUUUUUAUUGCUCUUUACCAAUCCAUUUUGGGAGAAAAGGUACCAGACCUCAUUGCUGUUCCCAAGAGUCAAGAAGAUGAGGCCCACAAUGUACAAGCAGUGAUUGAUUCAUUGGCCUUGGAUUACCUGCAGGUCAGCUUGUCUCACAUAACAGGAGAAAAUAUAGUGAAAGGAGAUAAAGAAUCUAUCAAGAAUCUCCUAGAAAUAUUUGAUGGGUUGCUGGAGUAUCUGACAGAACACAUCAGUGAAGCAUCUUACGAGAAAAGUGAAGCUACACAGCAUUUUAAAGAAUGCCAUGGAGCAGAUCCUUUGGAAGAGGUAGAGAGUCCUAAGGAGCCUAAGUCACCGUGGAAAAGGGUUUCUUUUGAAAGGUGCUCUUUCUCACCUGAGGCUUGGGGCCCAUCUUGGGAUGAAGACGAAACCGAGUCCACUGGUGAACUAAUUCGACUUGGAGACACAGCACACACCUUUUCUCUAAGAAGUAGCAGUGCCCAGAUCCCUGUUGAUGCUCAGUAUAAAAGAACAUUAGCCUCACCGGGUUCUAUAUCAUAUGAGGCCGUGUUGAACUCACCCUCCUCUAUUUUCCUGUCCAAGAAUGCAGCACCAUUUGUUGAAGAUACGGAAGUCCCAUCUGCAAGCGAGGCUCCAAGUGCUAGAAGGCUAGGGGAGCCCAUCCGAGCAGCUAUUCCUUUGCACCCCCCCUACCACCCUGCAGAGCCGCGAGCACCCUGCCCCAUAGGCAGAGAAUACCUAUAUUCAAGUCGCUUCUCCCCUGCCAUGAGUUCACCUGGAGAGCAUGCUGUGUUUCCUGUGGAACCAGAUGAUACAGUUACUUUAACUUCCAUGGUGCCCAAAGAAAGUGACCAAAAAAUAUGUCCAGCUCAAGUCCUCAGCCCUAGGACAAGGAAGCUUCCAAAAGGAAAAAGAAGUGAAAACAGAGCAGCGACUGCGUCAUGGGAGUCACCUUUCUCCCAGAGGCUGAGAAGGAGGCUAACAGAACAAGAGCUACACGUGGUAUCAGAGAAGCUGUCUCAGCGGCUAUCUGAACUAGACUGGAUGUUAAAAAGUGCCCUGGGUCAUCAAAUUAAAGAAAAGGUAGACCAUAAAGAAGAUACUGAAAAGGAAGAGGACCACGGUGAUGAGGAAACACUGUCUCAGCACAGCGACAGUGUUGUGGAGUGUGGGCCCAAGAAGCUACGACCAGGACUUUCUGUGCACAGAAAGCCACAUUUCAGGUCCCAUUCGCUGUCUCCAGUUCACAAAUACAAGCAGUUCCAGGUAGAGCGGAAAAGACAGCAGAAGCACAAAGAAAGAGACUUCCGUGAGUUGCAGGCAAAGGCAUUAACUGAAGCAUUUGAAAGGGAACUAAGAAGAAAUAAAGCUCAAGAGAAUACUGGACCUCACGGGCCACAUGAGGAGGAGGAACCAGACGAAACACACAGAGAAGCUGUUCAUAAAGGAGCUCCAGAACAUGUCCAGCCCUGGAAGAUCUCCUCCAGGAAAACCACAGCUCUGAGUCCAAGCAGUGGCCUUCCAAAGCCAAAGAAAGCAGCUCCGAUGAAAGUAAAUGAACAUAGUCUCCUGCCCCUGAUGCUGGAGCAGUUUCCAUUUCUCUAUGUCUCUGGCCCAACACUAAGCAAAAUGUGGAAAAAGCAAAUUGCACAUGUUGAACAGCUGAGAAAAGAUGCGUGUAGAGAUAGUCGAUCCAAGAGGAAACUCCGUGAUGAAAUAGAAGAGGCUCUGAGACGGCAUGACCUCCUUACUGCCCUUGUCAAGAAGGAGUAUGAACAUAACAAGAGAUUGCAAGACUUCAGGGACCGCAUUCGUAGACAGAGGUUGACCCAAUCAAAGAUAAAAGAAAAUCGCCAGCAAAUUGUUCGUGCCCGAAAAUACUAUGAUGACUACAGAGUUCAGUUGCAUGCCAAGAUGAUGAGAAUGAGGACCCGGGAGGAGAUGAUAUUUAAGAAACUGUUUGAAGAAGGUUUACAAAUUCAGAAGCAGAGAUUACGGGAUCUAAGGAACUAUGCCAGAGAAAAGCGAGAUGAAGAAAAAAGGCAGCACCAGAAUGAACUGGACUCGAUGGAGAACUACUACAAGGACCAGUUUUCAUUGCUGGCAGAAGCCAUAUCACAGGAACGCGAGGAGCUCAAAGCCAGAGAGAAAGCCCAGGCACAGACAUUGCAUAAGGCGAAGAGAGAACUGAGAUCGAAGAUGGAGAAGGAAAUCCAGGAGCUGCAGGACAUGAUAACGCAGAAUGACGACGCUGCUUUCUUCCGGGAGCUGGAGGUUGAGCGCUUCAGGGCUCGGCUGCAGCUGGCUUCCUUUCAGUACAGUAACAGUCCCUUCCCGUGAGGCCCCGCUUGACAGGUGACAUCUCUGACAGCUUGGGCCGAGUCAGGAAACAGUAAACCAGGAAAAGAAUUUUUAAUGCCUUAUCUGUGUAUUCAUUCCAAUACUUGUCAAUUUUAAAAUAAAAACAUAAAGCUU